UGUUCCAACCAAGACACAGAGGUAGAGCUUAAAGAGCAAGAAUCCCACAUCGGAGACAGCAACCAUGAGUAACGAAGCAAAUGAGAUCAGUUCAGCUCCAAUAACACCUCGGCCGGUGGCUCCUAAGCCUCCGGUGGCGUCUCAACAACAGCCGCCAGUGUCUUGUCCACCUUCCCAGUACAACUCUCCUUCUCUCUCCCGGUCACCGCUGCUCGAAGCUGCGGUGCCGGCUGCCAACCACCAUGGAGGAGAAGAAGGCGAAGGCGCCGGUGCAAUAGUUCCGAGCAAGACCCCGAAGGGAGCUAGAACUCCACUGGGGAUAAGAACCCCGAGGAUGUCUUUGACUCCGAGGUUCCUCACUCCCUUGGGUAGCCCGGUAAGGAAGGCCCUCAGGGCUACAAGGCUUGACCCUGAGGAUGCCUGGCUACCCAUCACCGAGUCCAGAAAUGGCAACAAGUACUACGCUGCGUUUCACACUCUCUGCUCCGGUAUUGGUAUCCAAGCUUUGGUGCUUCCGGUGGCCUUCACUAUCCUCGGCUGGACAUGGGGAAUAAUCUGUUUGACCAUAGCAUUCAUAUGGCAACUCUACACCCUCUAUCUCCUUGUUCAUCUCCACGAAAACAUCGAAACUGGAGUCCGAUACAGCAGGUACAUGCAACUCUUCAGUCUCACGUUCGGCGAUCGAACCGCAAAUCUGCUAGGGCUAUUCCCUAUCAUGUACCUCUCCGGCGGUACCUGUGUGGCCUUAAUCGUCAUUGGUGGAUCGACCUCGAAACUCUUCUUCCAGACCGUCUGUGGGGCAACCUGCACUGCCAAGCCAUUGACGACCGUUGAAUGGUACUUGCUGUUUACGUGUUUCGCUGUGAUGUUUUCCCUGUUGCCUAACUUGAACUCCAUUGCUGGGGUUUCUUUGAUUGGUGCAAUCACUGCUGUUGGGUACUGUACCCUGAUGUGGGUGGUAUCUAUAACUGAGGGUAGGCUUCCCGGUGUAUCCUAUGAUCCCAUUAGGGCAGGGACCAAAGUUGCAAGAGUGUUUGAUGUGUUGAAUGCCCUUGGAAUCAUCGCUUUCGCAUUCAGAGGCCACAAUCUUAUCCUUGAGAUUCAGGCCACCAUGCCUUCUAGUGAGAAACAUCCCUCACAUGUGCCAAUGUGGAGAGGUGUCAAGGUGUCUUACACACUCAUUGCUGCUUGCUUAUACCCCAUUGCCAUUGGUGGCUACUGGGCCUAUGGUCACUUGAUUCCGAAAGAAGGAGGAAUGCUCUCUGCCAUUUACGGGUUCCAUUCAAAAGAUGUGUCGCAGUUCAUUUUGGGACUACUGAGCUUGUUCGUGGUUGUAAACGCCGUGAGCUCAUUCCAAAUCUACGGGAUGCCCAUGUUUGACCACAUGGAGUCCAAAUACACUAGCCGAAAGAAGCAGCCAUUGCCGUGGUGGCUUAGGUGCAUUGGGAGAGCCAUGUUCGGAUUCGGGUGCUUCUUCAUGGCUGUGGCAAUCCCAUUCUUGGGAAGUGUUGCCGGAUUGAUUGGAGGAAUCGCAUUGCCGGUGACAUUGGUGUACCCAUGUUGGAUGUGGCUCAAGAUCAAGAAGCCGAAGAAGUACGGCGUAAGUUGGUGGGUCAACUGGGUUCUUGGGGUCUUGGGAAUGGGUCUCACUGUGCUUCUGAUUGCAGCUGGACUCUAUGUUGUUAUUGACACUGGUAUUAAAGUCAGUUUCUUCAAGCCUCACUAAUAAGGCAACAAAACAGAAUGAAAUAUGUGGGGGUCAAGUUGCUCUUAUUAAUUCGUUUGAUUGAUCCUUGUGAAAAAGAAAAAUGUUAUUUACAGUUGUAGUGGUUUGCUGCUCUGCUGCUGGCUUCUGAGCUUCAAAGGAAAAGAAAAGAAUCACAAUUAUAUAUACAGUAUUUUUUGUUCUUUUUGGCAUGAGAAUGUUGUAAUUUGACAUUAUAGAAUCUUUUAGGUGUGUAAUAACAAUUUUAGUGGAAAUUUCAUAUUGAAUCUUCAA